AGCAACGCUCGUGCGCCAAACAAAACCGGCCCAGCAUUUCUCACUCCCAGGGCUGCUGCAAAACAUCCUUUCUCAACUAUUCGACAGAGUUUGCGUGCGGCUGCUCUGCUAUAACAGGUCCGAUUCCUUCCGCAGUCCCAUCACACGUUGUCCGCGGCCAACAAAUCGUACUCAACCCGAGAGUAAUCGAACCGCUUGUCUAGCGCGGCAACCUGCAGUAGCUCAACCAAGCACCGAGCUCAAGCUCCCACGCUCCCUCGACUUUCUAAGCUCUCUAAUCCUUAGAAAGAGCUCCGAUCCUGCCAUUGCGCCUUCCCACCAUUUCUUCACACCACCCAUACACAAUGGCUGAGACCGGCGCGAGAGACGUGCAGAACCACGUCCUGUUCGAGGUUGCGACUGAAGUCGCAAACAGAGUCGGCGGUAUCUACUCAGUCCUCAAGUCCAAAGCGCAAGUCACUACGGCCGAGUAUGGCGCCGCAUACACUCUCUUGGGUCCAUGGAACAGGGCUUCGGCGGCUGUCGAAGUUGAGCCAAUCGAGCCCAAAGAUCCAGCCUUGGUUGCGACCAUCAAGUCCAUGGACGACCGUGGCAUCAAGACGCUGUAUGGACGUUGGUUGAUCGACGGUGCCCCACGUGUGCUCCUUUUCGACACCGGUACUGGUUACAGGUGGCUUGACGAGUGGAAGGGCGACCUUUGGUCUUCCACCGGCAUUCCCUCGCCUCCCGGCGAUUCUGAGACCAAUGAGGCCAUUGUCUUUGGUUACCUCAUCGCAUGGUUCUUGGGCGAGUAUGUCUACCAUGAGAAGAAGCGAGCCGUCAUUGUCCAGUUCCACGAGUGGCUGGCCGGUGUCGCAGUUCCUCUGUGCAAGAAGCGCCGAAUCGAUGUUACUACCAUCUUCACUACCCACGCUACGCUCCUUGGUCGCUACCUCUGCGCCGGCUCAGUCGAUUUCUACAACAAUCUUCAAUAUUUCGACGUCGACGCUGAGGCAGGAAAGCGUGGUAUUUACCACCGUUACUGCAUCGAGCGUGCCGCUACACACGCGGCUGACGUGUUCACGACGGUUUCACACAUCACCGCAUACGAGAGCGAGCAUCUUUUGAAGCGAAAGCCGGAUGGUGUUCUGCCCAAUGGUCUGAACGUCAAGAAGUUCUCCGCUACCCAUGAGUUCCAAAACUUGCAUCAGCAAGCCAAGGUCAAGAUCAACGAUUUCGUGCGCGGUCAUUUCUACGGUCACAACGACUUUGAUCCAGAGAACACUCUUUACUUCUUCACCGCUGGUCGCUACGAGUACCGGAACAAGGGUGUCGACAUGUUCAUCGAAUCGUUAGCGCGAUUGAACCACAAGAUGAAGAGCGAGAACUCGAAUAUGACAGUUGUUGCUUUCAUCAUUCUGCCGGCACAGACCACCUCUCUUUCGGUCGACUCAUUGAAGGGACAGGCUGUCAUCAAGGCGCUCCACGACAGUGUAAACAACAUUGCCGAAAAUGUAGCCAAGAAGCUGUUUGAGCGCUCGUUGACAUGGACAGAGGGCUCCGAGCUUCCAGAGGACAAGGACUUGAUUACGCCUGCUGACAAGAUCUUGCUCCGCCGAAGAUUGUUCGCCAUGAAACGCCACAACCUCCCGCCUAUUGUUACCCAUAACAUGGUCAACGAUGCUGAAGACCCCGUGUUGAACCAGCUCCGUCGCUGUCAACUCUUCAACCACCCAUCGGAUCGCGUCAAGGUUGUCUUCCAUCCCGAAUUCUUGAACUCCGCAAAUCCCGUCCUGCCAUUGGAUUAUGAUGACUUCGUCCGUGGAACCCAUCUUGGUGUCUUCUCAUCGUACUACGAGCCUUGGGGCUACACUCCAGCUGAGUGCACUGUUAUGGGUGUUCCUAGCAUCACAACCAACUUGUCUGGUUUCGGUUGUUAUAUGGAGGAAUUGAUCGAGAACGCCCAGGAUUACGGUAUCUACAUCGUAGACCGAAGGAUGAAGGGUGUCGACGACUCAGUCAACCAGCUUGUCGACUACAUGUUCGAGUUUACAAAGAAGAGCAAGCGCCAACGUAUCAACCAGCGUAACCGGACCGAGCGUCUCAGUGAUCUGCUCGACUGGAAGCGCAUGGGCUUGGAGUACGUCAAGGCUCGACAAUUGGCUCUUCGACGAGCAUACCCUGCGGCAUAUGAAGACGAUGAUGAGCCAGACUUCUUCAGCUCGCAAGAUGUCAAGAUCUCGCGGCCGUUGUCUGAGCCUGGGUCUCCCCGGGACCGUUCGGGUAUGAUGACGCCUGGUGACUUUGCUUCGCUUCAAGAAGGUCGCGAAGGACUGAGCACUGAGGAUUACAUCGCGUGGAAGCUUCCGGAAGAAGAAGAGGCCGAUGACUUUACCUUCCCGCUUACCUUGAAGACGAAGAGUAAGCCUAAUUCAGGCGCAAACACUCCCACUCUGUCUACUGCGCCGAAUGGUACUGACUAGCCACCUUUCUUCUGCAGGGUGACGAAGGAACCGAACGAGGAAGAGAAGCAACGACUUCCAAAUUUGCAUUGAUCUAUUCCUUUAUGUUUGGUUUGAUUUUAUGCGCAUAUACUGCAUUGGCGAAGACGAAUGGACGCAGUAGAGAAGAAUGGAAGGAACUGGUCGCCUACGUCUGUGGGACCCAAAUGUAUUUUAAGAUGUGAAUAUCAGAGUCUGUUGGCCUGGUCGAAACUUU